AUCAGGGGCAAACCCAGCAGCUAGUGGGUCUGGGCCGAUGAUGAGAGGAAGGUCACAGAAUUCGUCACCAAAUCCGCUCCCAAACCCCCCACCAAAUCCGCCACCAAAUCCCCCACCAAAUCCGACGUUAAAUCCGCCUCUAAAUCCGCACUCAAAUCCCCCAGCAAAUCCGACCCCAAAUCCCCUACCAAAUCCGGCAGUAGGUCCACCAGCAGUUCGGCUAGUAGGUCCGCCAGGAAAUCCGCUACUAAAUGUACAGCCAAAUACGCCACCAAAUCCUCAACACCCUGGAUCCGUCAUCAGUUCUUUCCUUCUGGAGCAGCUCAAAGGGCAAAAAGAUGUGAUGCUGCUACUUCAGAAGGAACUUCAGAUGCCAGUGCCACAAGCUCCCGCCGAAUCAAACCAGCAGGUUGUUUCGUUAUUAAAGAAACUUGUCAAGACCCGGUACGCUGGUAAUCGGCUCGAGCAGCAAGGAAGAGGGCCAGCACAUAUCUGACAAAAAAAGCCUUGAAACCAACAACCUGAUUAAACAGAAGAACGCAUUUUCAAUCACAUCAAGUGACAUCAAUUCGAAA